UCAGGUGUGCAGAGGCUCUGAAAUCCGAAUUGGUUUAGACCUAGAAGGAAACGGCGUCUGAUUUGUCUUUCAAAGUGAGAAGGACCCCCUACCCUUGGGGUCAGCCGCCCUCGUAACAGGACCUGCCUUUGUGACGUGGCCGGCAGCCGCAGUCUUAUAGCUAAUACCUGGGUGAGUGAGGUUCAGAGCCAGUGGCCCCGCGGAAGCGGGAGCGGGGUCAUGGCUGAAGGGGUUGAGCCCAUGGACGAAUCCCAAGGUACUGAAGUUAAAACCCAGCAGCCCACAGAAAGAGUCCUCGCGGGACCGCUGAGGCGGGGCUCGGGCUCCGUGCUCAAGGUGUCCCAGCUAUUGCUCCGCGCCAUCGCCGGGCACAAAAGGCUGACCCUAGCGGCUCUCAAGAAAGAGUUUGGAAAUGCGGGCUACGAGGUGCGCAGGAAGUGCGGCCGCCUCUUGGGCGAAGGGUCCAGGUCUGAAGGGAAGGGCCUUCUCCUCCGGGUGAGCGGUAGCGAAGCCGCCGGCUGCUUCAGGAUCUGGAAGGUUCCUAAGCCGAAGAGAAAGCCAGGACGCCCAAGGCUGGAGGAGGGCGUGCGCUCGCCGAGGACCCCUCUCCAGGCGCGGAACUCAUGCAGGCGCAGGCGCUCUGCGCGCGGGACGGUGGCCAGGAAGGCAUGGAAGGGGCGCUUGAGGGCCGACUCGAGGAAGGUGAGGUCAAGGGCCAAGGACCUGGUGAGUUCCAGAACCAAGGAGAAGGGGAGGGCCAAGAAGGAAGACAUCAGGCCCAGAUCCCGAAAUGAGAAGAGGCCAAGCUCCAAGGCUAGGGAAGAAAAGAAGCAGGACCCGGAGAAGCCGGUGAAACGGACCGUCCAGAGGCCAACUUCUGCUAAAACCGACCGGACUUCGCUUGGGCAGGCGAAGACGUGCGACUCGAGGGCUACUCGCACCAAGACUUCUACUAAAGCUGAAGGUGCUCGGAGCGCCACCGGGAGUCCAUAGUGUGGGAGCCAUGCGCCUUCCUCCAGGCACAGAUGCCUUUCCCCAUAGGCUUCAGUGAGCGCAGCUCCCCACAUUCGUUGAAAUGAACAAAACUAUAUACAAGACCUUUCCACCA